AUUGUGGGUAUGCCCUCUGCCCCCGGAUCCCUAAACGCCACGUAUGUUUCUCACACGCACACAAACUACAAUGGCAGAGAGCCGGCUUUCCGCUUCUCCUACCAUACGGCUGUGUGCCGCCGCGGUUUUAGUGUUCUUCUGCGUAGCGUGGAGCCUGGCGGACGCGCACGGGCACGGGCACGCUCACGGGCCGGGCGGCGGGGGAGGGCACAUGCACCACCACGACCACCACCACGGUCAUGACGAGCCCACACAUGAGCACUUCUACCACGGGAGCUCUUACCAGGAGGAGGAGGGACAUGACCAUGAACAUGAACAUGAACAUCACGAUCAUGGUCACCAUCAUCAUCAUGACCAUGACCACAUGCACGAACCUACACAUGAACACUUCUACCAUGCAAGCGCGUACGAAAAAGCCAAUGAACAUGAACAUCACGAACAUCAUCAUCACGAAGAAGAAGUUAAGACCUCGGGCCGUGGACAACAGAGGGAUACAAUGACUAUCUGGUUGUCGUCCCUGACUGCGACUGCCCUCAUCAGUGCUGCACCAGUCAUCAUCCUGCUCUUCAUCCCACUGGAGGCCAACACUGCCGAACAUCAACCCUUACUCAAGGUCCUGCUGAGUUUUGCCUCAGGUGGUCUGCUGGGAGACGCCUUCCUCCAUCUAAUCCCUCAUGCCACGUCACCACAUACCCACGGGGACGAGGACCAUGGUCAUGGCCAUGGUCAUUCUCACGGCCACGGUCACUCUCAUGGUGGUGAUCACGGCCACUCUCACGACAUAGGUGUAGGCUUAUGGGUAAUAGCCGGGAUCCUAGCAUUCCUCAUUGUGGAGAAAUUUGUACGUUAUGUGAAGGGGGGGCACGGACAUUCCCAUGGUGCACCAGGGCAUACCCAUAAUGCACCUCCAGAGGAGCAGGGAAGCCCAGAAGAGGAGGAGAAGCCAGAGGCAGAGGAGAAAGAGGGCAGUACUGAUGACAAGGAGGAGGAGGGAGAGACUGAGCUGAGAAAAAGGAGAAGCAGUGGGGAGAAAGAAGAGGAAAAGUCGGAGGAGAAGGAUAUCGAUGGAGAUGUCCAGAAGGAGGAGGAGGAUGAAGAUGGUGAAGUACAAGUACAGGACAUCAAGAUUGCUGGCUACCUGAACCUGGUGGCCGACUUCUCGCACAACUUCACGGACGGGAUGGCGAUCGGGGCGUCGUUCCUGGUGGGGCGUAGCCUGGGGAUCAUCACCACCCUCACCAUCCUGCUACACGAGGUGCCACACGAGAUCGGGGACUUCGCCAUCCUCGUGCAAUCUGGCUGCUCCAAGAAGAAGGCAAUGCUGCUCCAGUUCAGCACAGCCACAGGUGCCAUGGCUGGGACUGUGUUUGGCCUCCUAGCAGGCGGAGGUGGCGUUACAGCAACCACCUGGAUCCUACCAUUCACGGCAGGGGGGUUCAUCUACAUUGCCACAGUGUCAGUCAUUCCAGAACUGUUGGAGGGCUGCUCCAGUAUCUGGCAAUCCUUCAAGGAGAUUGCUGCACUGCUAGUGGGGGUGUACAUGAUGGUACUGAUUGGAGAGUUAGAGGAGAUGUAAUAAUAACCUACAGUAUGAAGGAAUAGUUCUCAAAUUUAUGAUGCUUACUGUGUUUUUCUUUUGUUUUAUGUGACACCAACGUAGCUCAUUGGCUCUGAGCCUGGUCAACUUGUAUAACUUGUCCCUCAUAAUUUAGAUGUUAAUACCAAUAGUGUUAAUGUUGGUAUGAUAUAAACAUUCAUUGCAGUAAAACACUAUGUAUAAUAUUUCUUGUGCAGUUGUUUAUGAAAAAAUGGAAUUGAGCUGUAUGUGUAAGUUGUGUUCAGUCACACAUGGGAUCUGAGUCAUACUGACAAGCUUUUUACUUACGAGUUUUUCACUUUAGUAGAAGUACUUAGUAACUGAAAUAAAAGCAGGUUAAAAUGUUCAUGACACUUGUUUUCAACCUAUUCAGUUCUUUAUUGAGGAACAUGCCUUAUUAAGUAGGGUUCAGUUCCAAAAAUUGAAGAAUGCAAUAUUUCUUUUCGAUAGAAAUGUUAUGCAGGAGCAAAAGACAUAAAGAUUAUCAAAGACAUCUUGUUAUUAGUACAAUUAGUCAUACUUUACUACAACACAAUGUAUUGUACUUUUGUUUUUGGUUAUGACUGCAUGUUUUCAUCAUGGAAUGAUGUAUGUCAUUAUGCAUAUGUCUAUGAUACAUGUUUGUUGAUGUACACAAUAACGUUACAUUUCAUCUGACAGAAGAAAUAUCUAUGAUAUUCAAAGAUUUUCUGUAAAACAGUGAUAUAACUGUCACUGCAAAAAGAGUCCACAAAAUGUAAUUGUUGCACUCUUUCACCUUUGGUAUGUCUUUGUAGCAUUCCCAAUGGCAAAUUUGAUUUAAUAAUGCCCAAAUAAGGCUCAAGAUUUUUUAUUAUGCCCAACCAGUGUGGAGUACAACUGUUCAGAUUAUAACCAAUCACCAUUAAGGACAG